AUGAGAGCCACCACCCUACGGCCGUCAGACGAGAGCCACCGCCAUAUAAUCGUAAGGCGCGAUCCACCGCCUUAUAAUCAUGGUCCUGGUUCCUCGCUCGUAUUAUCACCACAGGAGACCAAGUAUACCAGGACAGAGGGUGACACGUUACCGGACAUCACCUGUACAGCGGACUGUAGACCUGGCUGUACCUUUGUUUGGACACGACCGGAUAACACCAACUUAACUGUCUCACCUGUGUUGUCAAUGGGACAACUGGACAGAUCAGAACACGGAACGUACAGGUGUACUGCAUGGAAUGUUGGAGGGGAGUCGACUAAAGUGAUAAAUGUUACUGUGAAAUAUGAGCCACGUCCGUAUCAAAUGCUCCACCAAAACCAGACGUUUUUUCUAUCCCAGUCAGACACCGUUAUUUUGUCGUCUACAUUCAUCUCCAAUCCUGCGCCAUCUUUCACCUGGACCUUCCAGCCCUACAAAUCUUUUGAUGCAACGCAUCUUAGAGACGGGAUGGAUGGCGUUAUUAUACAAAAUACGUUUGAGGCGAGUAAUGCAACAGCUUUAUCAGUUUUGACUCGGACCAGUAUACAAGAGAUGUGGUUUGGAUUAUAUAACGUCACAGCAACAAACAACCAAGGAAGUGCCAUGCUUAGUUUCACAGUUCGUGAAAAACUGAACCCAGGAAUCCCAACCACUCUGUUAAUUGGCUGUACCAUGCCUCAUUCUGUUGAAGUAUCAUGGAGUGACGGAGGGGACUCUCAGUAUUACCGUGUUAUGUUCAGCACAGAUAGGUUUCUUCUCUCACAAGAGGUUUAUCCAGUGACGAUUACAAAACACACAGACGGAAGUGACGUGUAUAGUCAAAAUAUAGACAAUCUGGAUGGAGGCCAUGUCUAUUUCUUUAAGGUUGUAGCGUACAAUAAGUACGGAAACACAACAUCGACAGAUGCUGUCGGCUGUACUGUUCAUGAGCCAUGUUCUAGUGGAACUGACAGUAUGUAUGUCACUGGAGUUGUACUGACGGUCACUAGCGUACUCACGCUUUUGUUCACAGUUGGAAUCGAGAUUUAUUUCAGACGAAAUGGAAGACUAUGUCAUAGAAAACGUCAGCUUCCAAAACAGAAGGAAUACCAGGAUGUACAACUUUCAGAUCGAGGAGGCAGAUCCCAAAGCGAAAAUGAAAGAUCUCCAUAUCAGGAACUUGAUACCAAUGAGGUUGCCAAGGCGUCCGUGUAUUCUGAAAUCGGAGGACACCAUCAUGAUACUGUAACCCUGACCGGGUCGUCUGAGUACGUUGUCCCUGGGACUGAGUUUACACUGACGUGUGAUGUACCAGAGGAGGGCAAGGUUGUCACGUUUUACCGCCGUCCUGACGUCACUACUCCAGAAGGUAGUAUACAAGUAGCUGGUGACCAAUGUUACAACACCAAAGCCAGCCCACCCGUCCCCUGUACACCGGAUGUCUGUUCCUGUGUAACGUCUGGAGGCCUUGGUACAGUGUUCCGGUGGAUCAUACAGCCACAGACGGGAAACCAUGGAUCUGUGUGGUACUGCAGACGUACCAACUAUAACCUACCUAAGUUUACAAUGGACAGUGAUAACUAUACACUCAACAUGGCAGGUAUGCGUUAA